AUGGUUCAUUUGAUAAACUAUGAUCCUUGUUCCUAUUUCACCAGAGGUUUUUCUCAAUACCCUUGUUAUUCUGAGGUUAAGAGAAGUGUUAGGUUUAAUCUUAAAGCCUGUUUUGAUAGUUGCAAUUAUGGGAAUGAUAAUGUUCAUGACAAAAGGAUGUUUUUGAAGGAAAAGAAAAAUGGGAAUUCUAGUAAUGUUGAGCAUAGAUUACAAGGUGGAUGUCAUAAUAAGCCUUUUUGUUUCCCUGAUUAUCGGUUUUCGCAGAAAAUUGUAGUUGCUGUUGAUGUUGAUGAAGUGUUAGGAAACUUUGUGUCGGCUCUGAACAAGUUCAUAGCAGAUCGAUACUUGUCGAAUUAUUCAGUUUCGGAGUAUCAUGUCUACGAGUUCUUCAAGAUAUGGAACUGUUCACGAGACGAAGCUAAUAGUCGUGUUCAUGAGUUUUUCGAGACACCAUAUUUCAAGUCGGGGAUCCAACCUCUCCCGGGUGCUCAAAUGACCCUGCAGAAAUUAUCAAGAUUUUGCAACCUAUCAGUUGUAACAUCUCGGCAGAAUGCAAUCAAGGAUCAUACACUUGAGUGGAUAGAGAAUAACUUUUCAGGUUUGUUUGAUGAAAUUCACUUUGGAAACCAUUUUGCUCUUGAUGGAGGGUCAAGGCCAAAGUCAGAGAUUUGUAGGUCUUUAAAUGCGAAGGUUCUUAUUGACGAUAACCCGAGAUACGCAAUCGAGUGUGCUGAAGCUGGUAUUCAAGUCCUACUUUUCGAUUACGAAAACUCGUAUCCUUGGUCUAAGACUGAGUUUGCUGAGAAGCAUCCUCUGGUGCACAAAGUUGAGAAUUGGGAAGAAGUUGAACAAGAACUAAUGUCACUGAUAGUUUCAUAG